GCCGGGCGGGGGCGCGCGGGCCGACACUGUGCUCCCCGCGUCUUUGUGCCACUCGGCGCCGCCGCCCACUCUCCCCCCGCGGGCCGUGCGCCCCGGCUGGAGGGCGGACGGGAAUAAAGGGCGACUCCGGGCGGGGCGGCGGACGCGCAGCGCGGACACCCGGCCCCGGACCGCGGACCGAGGCGCGGCGCGCGGAGCCCCGCCCGUGGCCGAGCAGGAGCGGCGGCCCUGGGGCCCCUGCCACGCGGGACCAGGUGUUCACUCUGCUGAGUCUGAUACACUCCCCAUCCCCCAGGUCUGCAUGGACCCCAGUGCCAGAGAUCUUCCCCCACUACUCCAGAUGGGCAGCCUGCCAUGAGAGGAAGGGCCAGCUGAGUACAUCAGGACACCAGGAUUUGGCCAGAAGACCGUUCCUCUCCUCCCAUCAGGACUUUUCAAAGACUGCUCUGCCAUGACCACAGCGCGGUGCCGGCCCACCUGGGACCUGGCCCUGGACCCACUGGUGUCCUGCAAGCUGUGUCUCGGGGAGUACCCAGUGGAGAAGAUGACGACCAUCGCCCAGUGCCAAUGCAUCUUCUGUACCCUGUGCCUGAAACAGUAUGUGGAACUCUUGAUCAAAGAAGGAUUGGAAACUGCCAUUAGCUGCCCUGAUGCUGCCUGCCCCAAACAGGGCCACCUACAGGAGAACGAGAUUGAGUGUAUGGUUGCAGCUGAAAUCAUGCAAAGAUACAAAAAGCUACAAUUUGAAAGAGAGGUGCUCCUGGACCCCUGUCGGACUUGGUGCCCGGCGUCCACCUGCCAGGCUGUGUGCCAGCUCCAGGAGAUGGGGCUGCAGACCCCGCAGCUGGUACAGUGCAAAGCCUGCGACACGGAAUUCUGCUCCGCCUGCAAAGCCAGCUGGCACCCUGGCCAGGGCUGCCCAGAGACCAUGCCCAUCACCUUCCUUCCCGGGGAGACCAGCAGCUCCACUUUCCAACUGGAGGAGGACGACGCGCCCAUCAAACGCUGCCCCAAGUGCAAGGUGUACAUCGAGCGGGAUGAGGGGUGCGCACAGAUGAUGUGUAAGAACUGCAAGCACGCCUUCUGCUGGUACUGCCUUGAGUCCCUGGAUGAUGACUUCCUUCUGAUCCAUUAUGAUAAAGGGCCCUGCAGGAACAAGCUGGGUCAUUCCAGGGCAUCUGUCAUCUGGCAUCGGACACAGGUUGUGGGCAUUUUUGCUGGAUUUGGGCUUCUGCUCUUGGUGGCCUCGCCUUUCCUGCUCCUGGCCACUCCGUUUGUACUUUGCUGCAAGUGCAAGUGCAGUAAAGGCGACGACGACCCCCUACCCACCUAGAGGAAGGCGUGAUGCUGGAACAAGACCCCACCUCCGGAAAGCGUGGUUCUCUCCCAUCCCCACCCCGCCAUCCCCCUCUCACUAAACAUGUUUCUUGCCUUAUGUGCCCCAUUGAGCUUCACAGUGUCACGCCGGGUGCCGUGAUUUCAGGGACUCAUAUCAGAUCGUUGGCGGAGGCCCUAGGUGCAGUCACCCCGGCGUGGGGGAGGCAAGGCUGGCAUGGGUGGGACACAUCCCACAGAGGCUGUCUCUGCAGACUUGACGAGGGAGCUGCUGUAUGGACCACCAGGUGGUGGUAGACUAGGAACGUCUGGUGUUGCUUAGGAGACCUUCUCUCGCAGAAAUGUUGUCCGUCUCCUCCUUGGCUUCAAGCUGGCGCCACGUUGCUGAGAGAAGAAGUCUUUUAAGGAUCGCAUCUCACUUCAGACAGAAUCCAAGUGUUCUGAUUGAGAAAAGCACUCUGUUUAUGACAACUCUUUUUAUUACUAAUGGCAUUUAGUAAAAUCCUUUAUAGAAGGUGUUUUUUUUUUUUUUUCCAAAUGAGUAGUGAAAAAUCAACAAGGUGCAUUGAAACCAUCCUAUGCCUUUUCUUGAAAUGUGCAUUUUAAGAAGUUAUGGUUAAAUGACCUUUCUGGCUCGGCCACUUUUCAGGAGAUUUAGAAAGCCUUAUGCGCUCUUUGUGUUUUUCUUGAAACUUGUGGAGACUUUUUGGAUGCUGUAAGCUGUGUACUGUUAUCAACAUGUUUCCUGUAUCAUUGCAUUUCUUUGAAAACACUGAUGCAUUUGAAAGGACAUGUUCAUCCUUAGGUUUGCCUUUUGUUUUUCUCUCUCUAGUGAUUCAGCUCAGCUCACAGGGCUCCUCUCUUUUCACCCAAGUAUCGGUAAAUUUUUUUUCAUGUCUUCAGAAACCAAAUGUUUUACUUGGAAAUAGUUCUGCUGCGAAUCCCUGUGGUUUGGCCGUAGCCUUAGUCUCCUCAAGCAGACGAAACCAAGCAAAUAGUGACAUCGAUGCCUAGAAGGGGGCCCUCCUAUCAGGGCUGGGGGACUCCCAGGGGCUGGGGGAGAAGCUUCCGGAUGUUCACAGUUUUUGCAAUGACUAAGUUAAUUUGGAGAAAUCAUCUUAGUUCCAAUUCCUGUUGCUUACCCUGCUGAAAAAAAUCUUCCAUUUCACUUAGUCAUUUUGAUUGGUCUUUUACAGGCUGUGUGUGUUGAUUAUCAUGGCAGCAGGAUGCCCGGAUCAGUAAGACACACGGAACUCCAUCAAUUGCCUUUGGACAGUGUGUUCUUUACAGAAAGUUGACUUUAAUAAUGGCUUUUAAAGAGCAAACUGAUUGCAUCCAACUUGGGACUUCUAGACAUAGUAGAAAGGCAAAUGUUGUAAAUUCAUCAUGGUGGAACUUUUUUAAAACUUACUAAGCAUUCCACAAAGGAGUAAAAUGAAAACGAAACCUGACUUUUAUCUCAGAUGUUUGCUUGUGGCAAGCACAUUUGUAAAGUGUGGUGGUGUUUUAUAUCCUUGACUUCUGCAUUUGUGUACCUGUCUCAGGUCCUGCUUUACCUUCCCAUAGAGAAAUGUCUUUACUUCUUAACGUUUCAUCAGUUCGGAGAAACAGGCUCACCUCACUCUUCCUCUCUAGUAUUGAUUUUCUUUUUGAAACCGAAGCCAUUUAGGAACCCAGUCUGUGUCAAAAUUACAUGCAAAAAAUCCUCCUUAUAAUUGCAAUUUGAAAACUCAGUAACAUUAAGAACAUGCCUGGGACCAUCUUUUUGGAUGAAGCCUGGGCACCAGGUCUCUGUAGCUUGAGAUGUUUUGAUUGGCCCUGGAGGCAGAAUGGCUUUUCUGGAGAGAGUGACAACUCCAGGAGGCCUGAAGAUGAGGUUAGUGGCCCAGGCGUGAGACGGCAUCAUGAUUUGUGAGUGCGCUUUAAAAUCCGUAUGGAAUACAGCAGGCUCGUGGCCCAUGUCCAGUGGUCCACGGAGCAGGCCUUCAUCAUCCCAGGUCAUCCUGCCUGUGCUCGCUACUGCCCAUUGCAUACAGAGGUCCAUACAGUAGUACCCCCUCCUUUGGGGUGGGAACCAGAGGCUUUGGAAAGGUUGCAUUCCCUGGGUCAGCGCUCAGGUCCCUUUAUUCCUAGCGAGUCGGGCUGUCUUGUCUCUCCUAGAAGAGUCCGUGGGCAAAUCAUGCACAUCCAGAGCAUCAACCAUCCCUGUGCCUUUACCUCUGCUCAUAGCACAUGGUUUGACCCAGGUAGGGAACACCGGAGAUUCUGGGGCAGGCCGGGGCCAAAGUAGCACCUACUUACUCCGAGUUUUUGCGUCAAGCAUGCCUCAGAGUGCUCAGUCUGAUUCAGUAAAAACAAAACUAAAACUGGGGCUUCCCUGGUGGCGCAGUGGUUGAGAGUCCACCUGCUGAUUCAGGGGACACGGGUUCGUGCCCCGGUCCAGGAGGGUGCCACAUGCCGCGGAGUGGCUGGGCCCGUGAGCCAUGGCCGCUGAGCCUGCGCGUCCGGAGCCUGUGCUCCGCAACGGGAGAGACCACAACUGAGAGGCCCGCGUACCGCAAAAAAAAAGAAAAAAAAAAAAAAAAAACCUAAAACUGUCUAUUCCCUAGAAAGAUACCAGCGGGAUCGCACUGAGAUCCUUACACAGACUUGCGUCGCCCCCAUCUGACUCCUUUUCUUUCAGGGAGGAACGCCAUCCCAUAGUUUGUGGGGAUGCAGUAUGAACCAGGCUUGAUGUCAGAUGUAAACAGGAUGUGGGAAGGUGGCCCGCGGUUUGGGUUUUGACCUUUCCAUCCCCUCCCAGUAAAACCUGGGGAUUCGAUGCUUAGGAGGUGGUCUUAAUUAAAAAUGACACUUUUACAGGUGGUUUUCCUGCUGACUCUCUGGAAGCACACGUCUGUUUAUUCAUUUAGAGGCCUUUAAAUCUGGGGAGGAGGGGUGGAAGGGCACGGAGACAGCCCACGGCUGAGCCUGCCCCUGUCUGGGUGGGGUUACCUGAGUCCCUUUGGUAACUGACAAUGCUGUGAGGUUUCCCCGGCCAUGCCUGGUCUCUGAGCCUGACCCUGCCCUGCAUCCUUCAGCCUGGCCGGCCGAGCUCGCCAUCGUUACAGGGGACCAGCGCCUUCAGAGGCGUCUCUGUAGAUGUUCACGGGGCAGAGACCGACCUAGGACCUGAGCAUGCGCAGAGCCUUUGACUGCACGCAUGGCUGUCCAGACCAGUGUCUGCUCCACCUCCAGGGGACUGAGGGACCAAUAUCUGCCACCUCUGGCAUCUUUUUAAAGGGGAACAAAUUCUCUUUACAGCAUAUUAUUGCACACAACCGGUUUAGCAACCAGGCCAGUUCCCGGGGUGGGGAAAGGGAGUAUCAGAUAUGCAAAAAUUACUCCAAGAUGAUUUUAUCUUUCCUAUGUUACAAAUGUUAAAGGUCAUUUCGCAAAUUAGAAGAGAGCAUUUUCCCUUGGUUGUCUUUAAAAAUGAGAGGAUUGGAAAGAACCAGGGUGGGUUUUUUGUAUAUUUCUCAGAUUCUCGUUGAUUAAUAAAUACCCCGGUAUGUGUAUAUAAAUCACAGUAAAAUCAUCAAGGGAAAAGAAAACAUUUUGCAUGUAUAAAGCUUCCUGAAGGUCUCUUUAAAAAAUACCAAAGCUUGUUUAUUCCUUAUCAUUAACCCAAGCCCUUAUGAAAGUAAACACAAUAAAGAGUUAUGACUUGUAUUGUCAAAAAUGCCUGCUGGAAAGAAGUGGCUGCAUUAAAGCAGAAUGACGGAUGCAUCCUAACCAGGAGAGGCUGCCGUUUGGGUGUGUAAAGCCCGUGGUCUCCCCGUCCUUGGUUUGCACAAUCCUGUCUUCCGAGAUUCCAGCAGCCUUCAGGGAGGGGUAGGUACCCGACCUUUCCUUCAUUCCAUGCUCACUUUACCAUGGGUGUAUUUUAAUCUUGUAUAAAAAUAUGCAUGAGUGAGUCAUGCACAUGUAUACAUUAUGUAUUUGACAAGUGGUGGUAAAAACAAAAAAAAAAACAAGUUUGGUUUGUGUUUUUGAAAUGUCAGUACGUUUUGUGCCACUAACACUGUGAUGUAUAAAAGAGCUGUUUGAAUGCCUUUUAAUGUUGUGUUUUGUACUUUGGAAUCAUAUGGAAAAGUUUGAUUUGUAAUUUCAAUACAUAUUUUAAGUGUAUUGUGUCUUAUGUAGUUUGUCCCCCCUCCCCCGCCUUUAGAAGGGAUUUCUUUUUAAAGAUAUUUUGGCUGGA